CCGGUCUUUUGCUUGUACUUCCGGUUCAUCAGAACAGAGACGUUUUUCACAACAAGAUGAUAACCUACCGUUUAUGCUCCACCUUUCUGCUAAAUCACCACCAAAUGGAGAAAUGCUACAAAGAUUUAAGUCUGAGAACAAAUAUUUUAUUAAUUUAAGGGUGAAUUGCUUGAUACCAUAAAUACAGUUUGAUCACGACAAGUAAAAUACUUUAAAGUGUUUAUUGAACGGAAACGGAAAGUUGACUCAUGUUUUGACAGCAUGUUAAAAUGUUAAACCAAUCAAGUGCCUAGCUGGUAGCAAACCACCAAUCACAGCGUAGUCCCGCCUACUUGGUCUAAACACGCUCUGCUCUCUUGCUGUGUUUGCUACUCUUUGAAAUAAACCGGAAAAGUCGCCGGUAAACUGCAGAUUCAGUCCAAAGGUGCACACCGACGAAGCGAUUGGACCCGACUAAAUCAUGUGCUGGAUGGAGAACCUCAUGUGUAUGUCGGUGACUCUGGUCCUCCUGUUUAUGGGUUUGCUUUAUGUAUUCUGCAUCGUCUGUCAGUGGAUUAUGGGCUGGCCUGACAAACCGGGAUAUAUGAAGUACUUAGAAGCUGCAAAUCCAAGGCGGAUAUAUCGUUUGACCAUAGCUACGCUGGACCUCCUCAAUUACUUGAAGUACAUCAGGUUGUACUAUCAGCUGACUUCAUGGUAUAGCAAUAAGGAAAACCUUAAACAUUUCCAAAAGGGUCUCGUUUUUGGCCGCAGACGCAACAAGCUGGACUUGUAUUUCCCUCCAAAAUCUGAAGACACGCCCACACCUCUGGUGGUUUUCGUCUACGGUGGGGCGUGGAGCUCCGGGUCGAGAUCCAUUUACUGUCUGCUGGCCCGGCAGAUGGCAAAUGAACUAAAUGCAACUGUUGUUUGUCCAGAUUACAGCAUAUAUCCAAAGGGGAAUGUUGUGGGGAUGGUCCAAGACGUUGCUGACUGCUUGAUUUGGGCCCAAGAAAACGGACCUCGGUUCAACUUUGACAAAGACAAAGUUGUCUUAGUUGGUCAUUCAGCGGGUGCACACUUGUGUGCACUCACCACCCUGUUUCUGGCUGACGGAAGGGAGGAGCUUCUCAUCGAGUCGGAGAAGCAGGAGCUCAUCACACGGUCCAUACGAGGAGUUAUUGGUCUGAGUGGGGUUUAUGACAUCAUGGACCACUAUCAGCACGAGAAGACGAGAGGGAUUGAGUUUGUGUCUGCGAUGCACAACGCCAUGACCGGCGAGGAAAACUUCCCUCUGUACUCCCCCACCUGUGUGGUGAAGAAGCUCAGCCAGGAGAAGCUCGGCAGACUGCCUCGCUUUGCUUUGCUCCAUGGGAUCAACGACGUGGUCGUUCCGUUCGAAUCCUCCUCAAAGCUCUCGGAGAUCCUCGCCUCUCGUUCUGUGAAGGCGUCUCUCCACCUGCUUCCUGACGUCAGUCACACGGACAUCGCCACCGACCUGAUGCUGUCCAACCGGCGCCUCUACCAGCGGAUCUACAGAAUUAUCAAGCAGGAGUUCAGGACGUUCAUGGAAACCUGCUGACAUCCUCUCAGUUUGAAGCUGAAAGUACCCAACAUUUAAAGACAGUAUUUCAUAGAAUGAAUCUGACAAUCAGAAUAAACCAUUUCAAAAGUUGUAGAUUCAUAUGUAAAUCUCAGUUUAAUUAACCAAUAAUCUGCUCUGAAAAACACUUUUUUUCUAAAAGUCCAUUAGAGAUUAUCUAAUAACUUAAAGAUGGUAAAUAAAACAAAUGUUUGCAGUAUUUUUACCUUAGAGACUGAAUAUAAACUCAAGGCUUUUACACCUGUUAUAAUGAAGAAAAAACAUUUGUUUUAAAUCACACUUCUGCUCCCAGAACCAAUGGGAGGUUAAAGAACUGUAUAUUUUUUCAUGUAAAAGGUGUUCAUUUUUGUAGCAUUGUAAUUAUUUAAUUAUAAGGAAAUAUCAAUUAAAUCAACUUGUGAAUUACUGAA